GGUUGCUGUGGGUUAAACGCUGGCAGAGAAGGUGUCGCCGGCGUCCCAGUUUGUUUGGAGACGGUUGUGGACGGUCCUGAAGUGGAAGAGAGGGAGGUGACUUGUGCAAAUAAAGACUGACAGUGAGGAUUACUAUUAGGAUUUCUCAACAUGAGCUUCCUAUUGCCCAAGCUAACUAGCAAAAAAGAAGUAGACCAAGCAAUACAAAGUACCGCAGAGAAGGUGUUGGUCCUCAGGUUUGGGAGAGACGAGGAUCCUGUCUGUCUGCAGCUAGAUGAUAUACUUUCUAAGACCUCUUCUGACCUGAGUAAAAUGGCUGCUAUUUAUCUGGUAGAUGUGGACCGAACUCCCGUUUACACGCACUAUUUUGACAUCAGUUAUAUUCCAUCUACUGUGUUUUUCUUCAAUGGGCAACAUAUGAAAGUGGAUUAUGGGUCUCCAGAUCACACUAAGUUUGUGGGAAGUUUCAAAACCAAGCAGGACUUCAUAGAUUUGAUUGAAGUAAUUUAUCGAGGAGCAAUGAGGGGGAAACUUAUUGUCCAAAGUCCUAUUGAUCCCAAGAAUAUUCCCAAAUACGACCUUCUCUAUCAAGACAUUUAGCACAUUCACUACUCAAAGUUGAAGACAAAGGCACAUGUUGAAGCAGUACCCGAAUCCGACUAUGCUGUCUUCCUGGAGUCCUUCAGAAAGGUGCUCAGCAUCCCAGCGGAGAAGAGGUCUGACUUGGACAGAAAAUCCCCCGCCCCCGAGUAGAAGGCCAUGCCGGUGCCGUGAUGAGCAGCGAUGCUGAAAUGUCUACUUGCUGCAAACCUCCGAGCAGUCAAGACAACCGUGGUCCGUUUUCCCAGCGUGAUUUUCUGAGUUUAUAUUGUACUUCUCUUUAUCCCUUAAGAUAAUACAGAGUCCUUUUCAACAUUA